AUGAAGUGCCACUAUGAUGUACUUUGUGUAUCGAAGGAAGCAAGCUCUUCCGAAAUAAAGAAAGCAUAUCGCCGGCUUGCACUGCAAUGGCAUCCCGAUAAAAACUUAGACAACUUACAAGAAGCUAAGGAACAAUUCCAGCUGGUUCAAAACGCUUACGAAGUGCUCUCUGAUCCACAAGAAAGAGCUUGGUAUGAUAAUCAUCGAGAGCAGCUAUUGAGAGGAGCUGGAAGUUCAUACAAUGAUGACAGUCUUGACGUUUACCCAUACUUUAGUCCGUCCUGUUACAAAGGCUUUGGUGAUGAUCCCCAAGGCUUCUAUGGAGUUUAUUCUGAGGUAUUUUCUAAACUAGCAGCUGAAGAAACCGACUUCCUUGAUGAUCCAGAAGAUGUUGCCAAAAUUCCGAAGUUUGGUAAUUCCGGCACUCCUUAUGAAGAGGUGCAUGAGUUUUAUGCUUAUUGGAUGGCAUUUUCUACAAACAAAAGUUUCGUAUGGUUAGACCAAUAUGAAAUAUCACAAGGUGAUAACAGAAGAGUUAUCAAAUUAAUGGAGAAAGAAAAUAACAAAAUCAGACAAAAGGCUAGAAAGGAGAGAAAUGAAGAAAUUAGGAGACUUGUGAGUUUUGUACGCAGGAAAGACAAAAGAGUAAUAGAACAUACAAAACUACUGCAAGAAAAAGCAGAGGAAAACAAGAAGAAGGCGGAACAAGUAAGAAGGGAAAGGAUACUUCAAAGGCAGAAGGAAAUAGAAGAGGCUAAGAAAAAGGAAGGGGAGAGCUCAUUCUUGCAAAGUGAAGAUUAUCACAAGAAACUUAGUGAAAUUGAAUCUCUUUUGGCUGAGGAGUUUGGCUUGUCCUCUGAUGAUGAUACUAUUAGUGAAGGUGGAAUGGAAAGUAGCAACGAAGAAAGCUCCAAGACUGAAGAUGUCAGUGAACGGUCCAAAGCAACUGGAAAAUCUUUAUCGAAAACUAAAACAACCAUGAAGAAUCUAUAUUGUUCAGCGUGUAACAAACUAUUUAAAAAUGUAAAUUCGUUUGAAAAUCAUGAAAAUAGUAAAAAACACAAAGAAAAUGUAGCUAACAUGACAUUAGAAAAUGAUAUUGAUAUAUCAGAAGGUGAUAAUGAUGAUGUGGAUAAUGAACCUAGCAAUGAACAGCAAGGUAGUGGAAAAGUCAAUGGACAAACAGAAGAGGAAGGAGAACAUGUUGAUAAUUUAACAUCAGAUAUUGAAGACCAUGAUGUCAGAGAAACAUUGAGCGAUGACUCCGAUAAAAUUCAGGCUUUACCUAAAAGUCACAAGAAAAAGAAAAACAAAAAGAAGUCAUUCAUCCCAAUGCCUGAAAGUGAAGGAAAUGAUAGUCAUGAUGAAAUGAGCUUCAAUGAAAUAGAGGGUCCAUCUAGAAGCAGGAAGGCGAAAAAAUUUAACAUGCUUAAAAGUCAAAUACAGGCAAAAAAAGAAGCAAACCUAAAGAAAGGAUCUCAAUCACAAACUUCAACAGAAAAUUUGUAUGAGGUAUCAAGCACAACUCCCACUGAUGAUGCAUUAGGUGAAGCGGCUCUACCAAGAGAUAGGCCAGCUCUACCCAAAAUGCAAAGGAAUAUUAAACCAAAAAAGUUAGUAGACAGGAAACCAAUAAGAACCAAAACUAGUGAAACAGAAGAUUCAAGCACUGCUUUAAAUCUUAGAUGUGCUGUGUGUCAAUCAGAUUUUCCAUCAAAAAAUAAAUUAUUUGAGCACUUAAAAAAGACAGGUCACUCUGUACCCCUCCCUCAGACUAGCUUCGCUCAACCUAAGAAAGGUAAGAGAGCCAAUAGGUAA